CGUUACAGGUUACAUUUUUCCUACAAGAAGAGAAGGAACCAUUCCGAUAUCGAUGCUCGAGUUUAGAUUUCACAACAGAAAUGUUGGAAUAGUUAUUGUGCUCCGUUUGAGAGGAGUCACUUUUAAUUCGCAACGGCUUCUUGGGUCUGUAAGACAGCGCUGAGGGCUAACGACAACACACACUGUGUUCAGUUGAGCCAGUUCAGUUCGGUUACUUGCAGAUAGUUUGACUUCUCUACCUUUGUCUACAGCGUUCAGGUGAAAUACUUAGCCUUUCCACAGGACAACACACAACUGUGACUAAGUGAGACGCUUCAUUUGCUUCCAGCCAUGUCAAGCUGCUCAACUAUCCACUUAACCUUACCGCAGUGGGACGGGGGCUCGCGGAAAAUGCGUUUCAUUUACUUGAUGGAUCUGACAUCGUUCAGGCUGACAGAGUGUCCCAACAAGAGUCCACUGGUUCCCCUGUAUUUAGGAGCUGAUCUCUUCUCCAACACGGACAUCCGUACAGACAACCAUCCCAGAUACCACGCCAAGUUUGCAAAGAAAGGAUUGGCAACAAAAAUACAUUUCUCCUCAGCAUUCAGGUUCCAUGGGUUGAAGGUGCCUACUGUAAAUAACAGCCUCUGGUUCUACAGCAUUCAAGGACUUUUUCGAGUAGCCUUUGAAAUGUACAGUAAGCAAGAGCAGCUUGCUGUGCUGGAGAACUUCCAGGAUGUUUGGAAAUCGCAGAUAAAUGACAGCCCUCUGAAAAUGAGUUACAGCCUCAGUGUGCAGCUCGACUUUAAACUAUCCAGCAGCCUGCAUGACACAGAAUCAAUCAAUGAGAUGUCACAACCUCAGCAUUGCCAGGUUGGCAGAGGAUUUGUGGACGUAUGUGGCAGUGGCACAAGUAAUACAUCAGCAGAUCACGAUUAUUGUUCUUUUCCUAAACAGAGCAUGCAACCUGAAAUUGUGUCCACAGUGAGACAGAAAUUGCAUAGCUUGGAUGACAAACUCUCCUCUGACACUCAAUGCUACACAGAACAGCUUGAAACAAUCUCGCUGCUAUUGGAGAACAUUGAUCGAUACAUGAAGGGGAAUCUAGAAGAAAAGGAUGUGACAGAAACUGUGUUAGCCCUGCUAAAGGCCAAAGACUGGGGCUGUGUGUAUUCAAGUUCCCUGCUUAGUUGUAUAGGACGUUGGCUUGGCCAGCAGUUUCAUGCAGCCAAUAGCAGCAUCAGCCAGAAAGUGGAGGGCUUUAAAGUUCACCAUAUUGAACGAAUUAGUGACUUGCCACCUGCUGAGGAACUAGCCACAGAACUAUUCCCUGAGACCAUGCGAACACUGCUGCUUCAUUGGAUGGGUUUAAGUGAAGACUCCACCUUGGAGAAGAGACACAGCGAGUACCCAAUCCUGCUCCUUAUCCUCGAGUUUGCCAACCACAACCUCAUCACUGGCGUGGCUCAUGUACUGUACUCCAGUCUAAUAUGUAAAUAAGAGUGGAUUUCCAUGUAGGUGUCAAGAGAAAGUGCUGCAAUUUGAGUGAAAAUCUUUAAAUUUUUGUAUGCAAAGUUGUGCUUUCUUUCCUUA